GAGAAGUGUUUUCCUCAAUUAUUAAAAGUUUUUAGUUUUCGAAUAAUAUUGAGUACGAACUGGGAUGGAUUUUACAAGAGUGAUUUCCCUUGUCAGUGCCCUUCCUCCAUUUUUGUCGCAAACAUGUCUCUCUGUCGGCAGCUUGUUAGAGGUCCACGUCUGCUCGCACAGUGUCAGAGGCUAGCUGUACUUAAUCAGCAAAGAUGUAAUGAAAGCACAGAUGCGGACAAAAUGAAAUUGACAUUUGCAUCCCCUGGGAGGGUAUAUUACAAUGGAGAUGUUGUUCAGCAAGUGGAUUUAUCAACCCUAGGUGGAUCAGUUGGUAUUCUAGCGAGGCAUGUACCUAUGAUAGCUGCACUGAAACCUGGAGUAGUUACAGUGUUUCAAGAUAAUGAUUCUCAGAAAGUAUUUGUUUCCAGUGGAACAGUUACUGUUAACAAUGAUUCCACUGUGCAAAUUCUAGCAGAGGAAGCUUACCCAUUGGAUUCAUUUGAUUCAAAGGCUGUUGCAAGCAGCAUUUCAAAUGCCAACACUGCAUUGAGCUCGGCUAAAAAUGACGAGGAAAAGGCUGAGGCACAAAUCGCUCUUGAUUGUUUAGAAGAAAUCAGUAAAGCUAUGGCAUAGAACAACAAAACAUUAUAGAUUUUUAUUUUCUGAUGUGCUAGAACUGAACUUAUUUUGGUGAGAAAUCCCAUGACCAAAGAUAAUGUGAAAGAAAGAAUAUGAAAAAAUGCCUACAUUUUUGCAGGACUUGUUAUAGUGUAGAUUUAUCAUAAUUGCAGGGAUUCUAAUUGUUUUGAUGAAAUAUUCUAAGCUGGGAUUUCUCUGUGUUGAGGGUUGUUUUUUGUAACUUCACAAGGUUAUUGAUAAGAUGAAUAAAUUAUUCAAAAAAAACAUA